UAACGGUCCAAACAUAGCUGAGGGCAACAGUGCAAAAUGUCCACUAGAUGGCAGAAAAGAGACCUAUCACCACCCGACAGGAAAGUUUCGUUUUUCUGGCAAAUCCAGCUGGCUAGUUCAGCCAACAGAAACGCCCUGCUCAAACAGACUUUCCAACACAACACUAGAACUCUUCUAAGUCAAGCUGUGUGUCAGUCCACUGUGUAUCAGUCAGCUGCAGGGAUGGCGCACCAGGAGCAGAGCACAGCCACUUUCCCCGAGCACAUCCGCAAGAAACGGAACGGUGAACAGCUGAGCGCUGGGGAGAUCCGAGACUUCGUACAGGGUGUCAAGGACAAGACCAUCCAAGAGAGUCAGAUUGGAGCCAUGCUGAUGGCAAUCUGGCUGCAGGGAAUGGUAGCGGAGGAGACUCACGCACUGACGAAGGAGAUGAUGAUGUCAGGGGAAGUGAUGUCAUGGCCGGCAGAGUGGGCGGGGCUAAUGGUGGAUAAACACUCGACGGGUGGAGUGGGGGACAAGAUCAGCCUGGUGCUGGCUCCUGCUCUGGCUGCCUGCGGCUGUAAGGUACCCAUGAUAAGUGGCAGAGGUCUGGCGCACACAGGCGGCACGCUGGACAAACUGGAGUCCAUCCCUGGUUAUAACGUCUAUCAGUCAGUACAACAGCUGCAUCGAAUCCUGGAGGAGGUUGGCUGUUGCAUUGUAGGACAGACAGAUAACCUGGUGCCUGCUGACAAGGUCAUGUACGCUCUGAGAGACGUUACGUCUACAGUCGACAGCCUCCCACUCAUCACAGGCUCUAUCAUCUCUAAGAAGGGUGCUGAGUCUCUGAGUGCGUUGGUUCUGGAUGUGAAGUUUGGGAAUGCAGCUCUCUACAAAGACCUGGGCAGUGCCAAGUCACUGGCCCAGUCCAUGGUGACAGUUGGGAACAGUUUGGGGAUCCGUACGGGGGCGGUGCUUAGUCGUAUGAACUGUCCUAUUGGUCGCUGUGUGGGGAACACUCUGGAAGUGAUGGAGUCCCUGGAGUGUCUAAAGGGGAGGGGCCCCGACGACAUACUGGAGCUGGUCACAAGUCUGGGUGGGCUGCUGUUGUGGAUGAUUGGCCGUGCAGGGAGCCUGGAGGAGGGUAAAAAGGUGAUCUCUAAAACCCUGCAGAAUGGUGCAGCCCUGGAAAAGUUCCAGAACAUGAUGAUUGGUCAGGGAGUAACCAGUCAGAUCGCUGCAUCACUCUGUUCAACCAACGCAGACUACUACAGCAUCUUGAGAAGGGCACACUACCAGACAGAACUGGAGACACAGGGCCACGGGACAGUGCUGGACAUAGAUGGCAUGGUCAUUGCUCAGGUGCUGCACAGGUUGGGGGCGGGACGUUCGAAGGCCGGAGACCCUGUCAAUCACAGCGUGGGGGCGGAGCUUCUGGUGUCUUUGGGACAGAAGGUGGAGAAAGGGCAGCCAUGGCUGCGUGUCCACUACGAGACUCCAGCGCUGAGUGCAGAGCAGAGACUCAGUCUACAAGGGGCGCUGACACUGGGGACCGCCGACCAGCUACACACACAGCCACUAGUGGCAGAAAUCAUACUGCCAUAGUGACACAAAUCCACUCUAUGUUAAAGCUUGAUUGGGAGAUGACCUGCCUUUGGGAAUCUCAGUGUUUAAUUUUUAAAGGAUGUAUAGAUCAGAACUAAAGGCCUGUGUCUCCUGCUCUUCACUCUCAAAGUCCUCUCUGAACCACCCAUAUAAAGUCACAUGAUUCUGUGGAGACUGAAUAGAUGUUAACCGUUUCCAGGAACCGUUAUGAAUCGCAGGAUUGUUCUCCAGAAAAACACAUUAAGCCAAAACAGAUGUUGAUUUACAGCUUGAGUGAGUGUGUGUGUGUGUGUGUGUGUGUGUGUGUGUGUGUGUGUGUGUGUGUGUGUGUGUGUGUGUGUGUGCGUGCGUGCGUGCGUGCGUGCGUGCGUGCGUGUUUGGGGAUUUUCCUUUUUGGUUUGUCUCAGCAUGAACUCAACAGAUUCUUCCAAAACAACAAUGAUACUACUUUCCACAUUGCUUUUAAAUAUGAAUACACAUGUCCACACAUCUCUAUUACAAUAUAAAUAUAAGAACAAAAUGUUUGGCCCGUAUGGCCCUAACAACCUAGUAACUUUAAUAUUAUGCAAACAUUUGGUGGCACAGAAAGAAAGGAGAUAUUACUGCACUGUUGGAGAUAUGAACACAAGUAUUUCACUACUCACUCACAUACACAUAUCUGCUAAAUAUGUGUAUGUGACCAAUAAAAUGUAGUUUGAUUUGAUUUGUGAAGGAUAUCCUAAAAGCCCAAUGUAGGAUGUAGGCUACAUCUCAAUCAAUAUAAAAAUGUAUUGAAAAUGAAAUACAUAAAUCAAAUUUACAUAAGCAUUCAAACC